GUCAAAUAGUCGUUUUACAGCAAAGCCGGGCGAUAGAUGAUCAUGAGCACUGUGCGUGGAUAACUUAAAAUAGAUUUGCCGUAUUUUUAACGUGACGUGACGUCUUAUCAGGGCAAACGAACUUGGUAGUUUCGGGUUUAGACAUUACAGUUUUUUUCUUUGCCCAAAUUUCUUAUAGUGACAAAAAACACUGUAAUGUUUAAAACGUUGUUCGACUCUUUGAUAACUCAGGCCAGCUGUCAAGAGGGGGCUGGUUACCUAAAAAGGGCCGAUACAGACCGCCUUCAUGAGAUAUUUCUGAGGUUCGCCACAGUAGAGAAGAAUGGCGAACGCUUCAUCACCAGUGAAGAUUUUGUCAGGAAGUUCCUUGGAUUGUUUGACGAAAAUGACUUCAACAAAGAUUCAGUUGAGCUCAUCGCCGGCAUCGUGGACAUGGACAAGAACGGGCUCAUAUCGUUCCCGGAGUUCCAGGCCUUCGAGGGGCUGCUCUGCGUGCCCGACGCGUUGUAUAAGACCGCCUUCCAGCUUUUUGAUACUAACGGCAACGGAUUUGUCGCUUUUGACGAGUUUACGGAAGUCAUGCAAAAGACGGUCCUGAACAAGAAGCUCCCCUUUAACAUGGAGAGCACCUUCGUCCGCCUCUACUUCGGCAAAGACAAGAAACGCCUGGUCACAUACCCCGAGUUCAGCCAGUUCCUUCACGACUUCCAUGAGGAGUACGGAGUGGAGGCUUUCAAGAAGUGUGACAAGGAUGGAAGUGGAUUCAUCAGUUCGGGGGACUUUAAGGAUAUCAUGAUGUCGGUUAAGAGUCAUCUGCUGACAAAGGAAAUCAAGAAUAAAGUUAUUAAUGCGACUGGCUUCCCUCAAGGCUCAAGAAAAAUCAGCUUCCCCUACUACAUGGCGUUUAACUCUCUGCUCAACAAUAUGGAACUCAUCAAGCGAGUGUAUCUAAAUGCUACCAACGGCCAUCGCUCACAAGAGGUGACCAAGGAAGAGUUCCUACAUUCUGCUCAGAUGAUGAGUCAGAUCACUCCGCUAGAGGUCGAUAUAUUGUUCUUCCUGUGUGACACCAUCAACCAUACUAAUGGACGCAUCGUGUACAAUGAUCUAAACUCGAUAACCCCCGAGCAAUACUUCAAGCAUGUGACCCGACGAGUCGCCGAAAUAAAAGCCGUGUCCAGUCCCGCAGACAGAAGCUUCUUCAUCCAAGUGUUGGAACAGACGUACCGUUUCACGCUGGGUUCUAUCGCCGGUGCCGUGGGUGCCUCAGCCGUAUACCCCAUCGAUUUAGUAAAAACCCGCAUGCAGAACCAACGUACCGGCUCCUUCAUCGGCGAAGUGGCCUACCGCAACUCAUUUGACUGCUUCAAAAAGGUCAUUCGGCAUGAGGGCAUAUUCGGCCUGUAUAGAGGACUCGUGCCCCAACUAAUCGGUGUGGCGCCUGAGAAGGCCAUUAAGCUUACGGUAAACGACUUGGUACGUGAUAAGUUAAUGGACAAGAAUGGAAAUCUUAGCCUUCACGCUGAAAUCCUUGCCGGUGCUUGCGCUGGCGGUUCCCAAGUAAUAUUCACAAAUCCCCUCGAAAUCGUGAAGAUCCGUCUGCAAGUGGCCGGCGAGAUCGCGGGCGCACAGAAAGUCCGGGCCUGGGCUGUGGUCAAAGAACUGGGUCUAUUUGGCCUAUAUAAAGGCGCCCGGGCUUGCCUACUGAGAGAUAUGCCUUUCAGCGCGAUAUACUUCCCUGCCUAUGCUCAUGUUAAGGCGAAAUUCGCCGACGAGAACGGCUACAACCAUCCACUCACUUUGCUCGCGGCCGGCGCCAUCGCCGGCGUGCCCGCCGCCUUCCUCGUCACGCCCGCCGACGUCAUCAAGACCAGGCUGCAGGUCGUCGCCAGGACGGGACAGACCACCUACACUGGAGUGUUGGAUGCCGCGAGGAAGAUAUAUGCGGAGGAAGGGUUCAGGACGUUCUGGAAGGGAUCUAUCGCUCGUGUGUUCCGGUCAUCGCCACAGUUCGGUGUGACGCUCGUGACGUAUGAAAUCCUACAGCGUCUGUUCUACGUCGACUUCGGAGGAUCCCGACCAACUGGCUCCGAGCUAACAGUCUCCACUCCCAUCGAAGAGACCAUGAAGAAGCCGCACCACAUCGGAGGGUACCAGGUCGCCAUACCGGUCCUCACCGGUCUCGAGACCAAGUUCGGUAUCUCUCUACCUAGGUUCUCCUUCCCGAAAAAAGCUCCCGUACAGUAAGGUAGCCUAAUGUAUAGAUAAAGGACAGAAAAAUGGGUAUGUUUCAUAUACAGCGUGGCUAUAGCCACUGGAUAAAAGCUAAAAUCACGCAUUGAUUUACUUACUGCAAUAUGAAAAAAAAGAUCGUGUUUAAAUCAACAAAUCUAGAUUUUCUAACAAUAUCAAUAUCGUUCUCAAGUAAAAGAUACCACAUCGUCGCUUGCUAUAAGGACGCUCUGACAGGUUAUGUGUAUAAAGACAAGCAAAUUUCAUCCUUAUGGUAAGCGACAAAGUGGUACCUUUUGCUUGAAAACGUCACAUAUAUCCAACUUGUUAAGCCCAUUGAAACCACGAAGAACCACACACACACAAGGUACCACAUUGUCGCUUAACAUUAGGACGAAAUUGGAUUGUAUCUUUAUAUUAAAAACCUGUCAGAGCAUCCUUAUGGCAAGCGACAAUGUGGUACCUUUUGAUUGAAAACGACACAAAUAAUAUAAUUAACGGACGAGAAAAAGGGGUGUGUUAUCUAUGUAUACAAGAUGACUAGCCACUGGACAAAAACUAAAAUCCCAUGUAUUGUUGCUUCUUCGGAUUUAGUUUUAUAAAAUACUGUUCCGAUUGUAAUAACGCUUUGUAUAUUAAACAAACAAUUCCUAAUCGUUUAAGGUUUGUACAGACGCUAGGCCAGGCUGCAUAUAAUUUAUAACAAAGAUUUUGUUUCAUGGAUCUUGAUUAAAAAAUGGAGGGAAACGAAGUUCCAACGUGUUGGUUUACUCACACUGUAUAUUGAAACAUAAACCUUAUAACUUUAAAUUUGCGCUUAAAGGAGUCAAAACUGUUAAAAAUGUUCUGGUGACUAAUGUAUAAAGCGAAUGAAAGUAGUGACAUACCAGUGAGUGUUUAUAUGUACUAUAUUUAAUAUUUAUAAUUUUAAAAAUGGAUGACUUUUUAAAUGGAAAAAUCGCUACGAAAUGACCUGUUGUCGUGGCCCGUUAUAGAGAGAAACAUUUUGUAUUCAUUAUAUAAGGCAAAAAUAUGUUUUGAUUCCUUUAUCUGUUCUCGUAUUAGUUCCAUUACUUAAAAUGUAUAAAUACGCCGCUUAUCUAGUAGGUAUUGAGAAGAUCUAUUAUAUUAAAAAGCUUGUUUAUUUUGUAAAGUAACUAAUAAGUAUGGGGAGACGUAUUUUAUACUUACUAUGACAGAACGAAUUUAAUUUCAGUAGGUACCAUUUCGUACCUUGUCACAGUGACAAUCAAUAUAUAAGUUGCUAGGGACCUCAUACUAUUGUCACUAUGACAAGGUACAAAAUGGUACUGAUAUAGUGCAUUAUCCUUUACCAUCGUAUUUUCUUGGAAACAUUCGUAUUUAUCAUGCUAAAUAC